AGGACAGCAGAAGCACGUCUGCUCUGCAGAGCUUUAACUCCGAUGCAUUCUGCUGUAAAACGGAGUGGCCUUUUAUUUCCCUUCAUUUGAAUUUGCCUCUUUCUAACGUGACACUGCAGCAAAAGAGGGUACCUACAAAAUCAAACCAGUGGUACAGCUGAUCUUUAUUUUUUAAGCUGUGCAUUUCCCAUGAUAUUAAGAAACUUUCAAAACUUUCUAACUUUUUCUUCUCACCCCCUCCCCUCUGCUGUCGUUGGUCAUCAUUGAACCCCGAAUCCGCACGGCACGCACCCUGGCAGGGGCCGACCCUUGCUGCUUGUACUCACCUAAUGAGUGAGUGCAUUAAAUUAAAAGGCCGCCUUUGAUGCCCUCUCAGGGGCCGCUAGACAUUCCUUGAUCAAUGCCUGAUGAGGCGCCUUCAUUUGGAUAAAUAAACAACACGUCUACGGCUUUCUGAGGAGGUCCCAGUGGAGGAGCACAUUAGGACAGCCGUCCCCACACACUUAAAGAAUCUGCCCAAAUUCUGGAGGAGAGCACAAUAAGGAAACUGUUCCUCAGACGCUGUUUUUGCUGGAAGGAGUCUUACAGAAACGCAAGUCUUGGACAGUGCUGGAGACAGACGGGAAGUGAGAGAGAGGAGCUUUGUGCAGCUCGCCUGGCAGCGGCUUGGGGGGACGUGGGACGCCUUUUUCUUAUUUGGCUGUUUCUGGGGGUGUGUGGUUUGGUGCCACUUCAGAACAACUUUCAACUGAUGAAGAUGGAAGGAAAAAUAUUCUGUCUCACCAUCUUCUUUUUAGUCUGUUUCCAGACCUGCUCUGCCACCACUGGGCCGACAAUCUCACCUGAGGACCCUCGGAUUAUUGUGGAAUUACACUCCACCUUUAUGCUUAGCUGCUCAGGUUCUGAGGAUAUCCUUUGGAAGCACAAAGAUGGGCUUAUUGUCACUCCAGUUGAGAUCAUAAAUGGAGUAUACAGGAGUAACCUCACACUGCACAAUGUGCUCGGGGUACACACAGGCCUGUACACGUGCCAUUACAAGACAUCAGAGGCCAAAGCAUCAAGUACUUACAUCUUCGUUCCAGAUCCACAGAUGUGGUUCCUUCCAUUGGAUUACAAGAAUUCAGUAGUGAUGAAGACAGCAGCUGAAGCCACCAUCCCGUGUCUUGUUACGAACCCCGAGACUGUAGUCACUCUUUACGAAAAGAAAAGUAUGCAACCGGUAGAGGGAGUAUACCAACCAACAGAAGGCUUCACUGGGAUUGUGGAGGACAAAGCUUAUUUCUGCAAAGCCACCAUGAAAGAUGAAGAUCAAGACUCAGAUCUGUUCUAUGUGUACAGCAUUGAAGUACCUGAGGUGUUUCGAGCUUUCAUUAAUGCCUCCAAGCAAGUAGUGAAGCAAGGAGAACCUCUCGUCGUUAACUGCACGACACAUGGAUCAGAGCUGGCGUUAUUCAACUGGGACUAUCCAAGGAAAGCGUUUAACAAAACCAUCGAGCCUGUAACAGAUGUGACGGCGGGAGCAGAGUGGAACCUGCGCUCGAUACUCAACAUAACAAGCGUCACUUUACAGGAUUCAGGCACCUACGUCUGUAGAGUCAGUCAAGGCGUACAUGAGGAAGAGGCAGAGGACCAAAUCAACAUCACUGUGAUCGAAAAUGGCUUUGUGAGACUGACUUCUGAACUGCCCGCAAACCUCUCUGCCAAGCUGCAUGAGAGCUUCAUUCUUCAGGUGGUGAUAGAGGCCUAUCCAGUACCGGAAAUCAAGUGGCUGAAAGACAACAUGACCCUUGUUGACAACAUGAAUGAAGUGUCAAUAGAGACAGAGGCAUCUGAAGAGACGAGAUAUUCAACCACGUUGACUCUGGUGCGGAUUAACUCUGAACAGAAUGGCAUUUACACCGUCCAGGUCUCAAAUGAGUAUGAUGACCAAGAGCUCAGCUUUCACCUUCAGGUCAAUGUGCCUCCACAUAUGCUGGAACUUUCAGACCACCAUCCAACUGAGGAGGGCCACGCUGUAGUCUGUGCUGCAGAAGGGAUGCCAGCACCAGAAAUUGAGUGGUACACCUGCAAUAAGAAAACCAAAUGCAGCUUUAAGGACAUUUCAUGGAGUCCACUAUCCACUUAUCCUGAGAAUAUCAGCAGCCAAACCAAUGUCAGCUUUAAUGAAAGCCGCAGAGUGUUUGUGUCAAGGAGUGUUGUUGUUUUCAAAAAAGUGCAGAGCUUGCUGUCAGUCCGCUGCAUUGCCAGGAAUGAGCUUGGCACCAAACUUCAGGAUGUCAGACUGGUCUCCAACUCUUUGAACUCCCAGGUCGCUGUCAUAUCUGCCAUCCUGGCUCUCUUGGUGAUUGCUCUCGUGGCCCUUAUUGUUCUCAUAAUACUGUGGAGAAAGAAACCUCGUUAUGAGAUUCGCUGGAAGGUGAUUGAGUCGGUGAGCUCCGAUGGUCAUGAAUAUAUUUAUGUGGAUCCAAUGCACUUGCCCUAUGAUCCCAGCUGGGAAUUUCCAAGAGACAGCCUGGUUUUAGGUCGAACUCUGGGUUCUGGAGCCUUUGGGAGGGUUGUGGAAGCCACCGCUUAUGGCCUGAGCCACUCACAGUCUGCAACUAAAGUCGCAGUGAAAAUGCUGAAAUCCACUGCAAGAAGAAGUGAGACUCAGGCUCUCAUGUCAGAGCUGAAGAUAAUGAGUCACCUUGGGCCUCACCUCAAUAUUGUCAACCUUCUGGGAGCCUGCACUAAGAGAGGCCCCAUCUAUCUCAUCACGGAGUUUUGCCGCUAUGGAGACCUGGUAGACUACCUGCACAGGAACAAGCACACUUUCCUACAGUAUUACGCUGACAAGUCAAGACGGGACACUGAGAUGUACAGCAAUACCAGUACAAAUGGCCAGGGAAAGAGCUACGUAACACUGACUAGUGAAAGCGAUGGAGGAUACAUGGACAUGAGUAAGGAUGACUCCACAGAGUAUGUGGCAAUGCAGUCAGACAGCAUUAAAUAUGCAGACAUUGAGCCAGCUGUUUAUGAAACCCCCUACCAGAGGGACAGUUACCAAGGACAAGCUCCAGAAAGCGUCAACAACUCACUUGUGAUUAAUGAGUCCCCGGUUCUCAGCUUUACAGACUUGGUGGGAUUUAGCUAUCAAGUAGCCAAAGGGAUGGACUUCCUGGCUUCUAAAAAUUGUGUGCAUCGGGAUCUGGCGGCCAGAAAUGUUUUAAUCUGUGAAGGGAAACUGGUGAAAAUAUGUGAUUUUGGACUUGCACGGGACAUCAUGCACGACUCCAACUACAUCUCGAAGGGCAGUACCUUCCUGCCUUUGAAGUGGAUGGCCCCCGAGAGCAUCUUCCACAACCUGUACACCACACAGAGUGAUGUCUGGUCAUAUGGCAUCUUACUAUGGGAGAUCUUUACUCUUGGUGGGACCCCUUAUCCUAAUCUUCCAAUGAACGAGUUGUUUUACACUGCCCUCAAGAGAGGCUACAGAAUGUGCAAACCCACCCACGCAACAGAUGAAAUCUAUGAAAUUAUGCAAAAGUGCUGGGAUGAAAAGUUUGAGAAAAGACCAGAAUUUGCAAGCCUGGUUCACUCUGUUGGGAAGAUGUUAGCCGAGUCUUAUAAGAAGAAAUAUGACCAAGUGGAUGAAGAAUUCUUUAAAAGUGAUCACCCCGCAGUGGUCCGAACAAAGCCAAGGAUUUUGGGGAGAGAUAACUUAAGACCAACUUCCUCUUCCUCAGAAAGACCUGAUUCAGCCCUGAGCCCAGAUAAUGAAUAUAUCAUCCCGAUACCAGAUCCAAAGCCAGAGGAGGCUGAAGUGAAAGUACCAGAAACAGAGACAAAUACAGACAUACAAGAAAAUGAGAAUUACAGUACGGUUGUUGCAGUGAUCCCAGAGGAAUGCCAGGUCACACCACAGGAACUGGGACAGAUUUCAGAUACUGAGCAGAUUAAAAAUGAGCCAGAAGUGGAAGACAGCUUUCUGUAGCUUGCAGCAUGACUUAUGUGGAAAGCCUGGUCAGCCGGUACAAGAAAGCAGAUUUGUAGCCAGUGUCAUUUGAGGUGCCAUCAGCCAUUGAAUCCUUAAUGCUAAAAAAAGAAAAAGGCCAUUAAGAAUUAUUGUUUCUGCUGGCCAUGCCAAUAAAACUGAAAUGUCCACGCAGAAUGGCCACAUUAUACGGGGAGUCUUCUGCUUUUACACAUGUGAUAAGUUACAAUGUGCACUAUUAUACCUAACGUCUGAAAGUCAUGAUCUGGCUCCUCAACUGUGGAAAUCCUUGUCCUCAAAUUUACUGGUACUCUUGGUAUUUCUUGAACAUAAAACAAGGGACCCAUCUGAAAAGUGCAAAGUAACAUAUUCCUAGUAUCCAGACGACUUCAAUAAUUUGAAUCCAUACUCUGUAGCACAAAAAAGCCUGAUGAGCUCUUGCAAUAGUCUAACAGCCUUGGAGGCUUCUAACAUAUCUUUGAACAAACGGCUUCAGCUAUCCAGUCCUGGUGAACAAAAACAGCUGGCCCGUCUCCUAAGCCCAAGGUAUAUCCUACAUUCCAUGCCAUAAUGAUGAAGGUUAUCUCCAGCAUGACAUUUAUUGAGACAAUCAAUCCUGUGCUCUUCAGUACAUUCUUAACUUAGCCCCAGAUCAUGUAAUGGAUAUGAAAAGAUCGACUGAUGUUCUUAAUCGAGUAAGUCAGUAUUUCCACCUUGAAUCUACAACCAGUGCUCACUUAGUAGAGCACAAAAACAAAUGGGAUAUCUUCUAACCUCAAGGAACAUUCCUACUGUCCAAGACGCUUCUGACAUUCACAACCAAUCGUUCAUCAGCUUCUUCUCAAUGGAACACAACAUUGCAGACCUCAAAGAAUAUUUCAGCGUCGUCAUCCUCCAUGGUGGCUGAAAGCAGCAACUUGCCUGUUGAACUCUAAAAAUAUUUGCUAUGGACUACUGGGGUGGUGAAAAAAAUCUUCCUCUCCGUAAGUGUCUCCUACAGAGCUUUAUUACACUCUUCAUGUAUUCAGCAAUUCCACAAAGAUGUGUUUUAAAUGAAUUGAGUUUCAGCCUAAUUUCAUGUAGCACGUAUGACUGCCACAAUGAUUAAUGAAUGUACUAAUGCAAAUAGUGAAAUAAUAACAAGAAUCAUUACAUUACAACGUAAUUUAAAGGCAGUCAAUCUUGUUUGGGGCGCAGUGGUUAGUGCUGCCGCCUCUUUGAUGUAAUGUCAUGGGCUCAUUAUGACCCAUUCAUUUUUGCUGUGUUUGUAAAAUUUGUGUGUUGCAGUGUAUAAAAUUAGCCAUUUCAGAAUCCAACACAAGCAGUAUUCACAGCUAUCAUUUAAAUAAUACAUUUAAAGCACAUUAGACAUUAGAUAAUUUGGUAUUGAACUAAGCAUUGUUUAUUAUGAAACAUGUCUAGAGAAAUCAUGCUAAGCUGAACUGGAGUUUUAAUGUUCCCCCAGUACAGAAAGCCGAGUCCCAGAAUGAAAUGGCGCCCUCUGCAGGGCUGGUCCCUGUCUUGCACCCAAUGCUACCAGCAACAAUGAAGGAUUUUAGAUAACAAAUAGUUUGGAUAUGAAAUACUUCUUUAGCCCGCUUCUACUAAACUAGUUAAUUUUAUUAUAUAUCAUUUUGCUCAUUUGAUUUCCUAUGCAGGCUGCUUACUGUAUAUCUACAAAUCAAUGGCACUUCAAAUCAUAACAAUAUGCUUUUACAAAAGGGAUUCUUGUGCAAUAAAGUGGUUUGCCUUACUAAAUGGCGAGGAGGCAAAAUUUAUUAGCAGAAAUAUAAAUUUAAUCAGCAUAUAAAAAAGGUACAAAUGAUUGUAUAAGGCUGAUGUUUUUUGGCCAGUUCUUUCAAUGUUAAUUCCUGUAAAUAGCUUUUUUUAUAUGAAAAAUGAGUCAUUCUAAGCAAAAGAGAAGAUUUUCAGAAGAUUGGUAAAUGUGUCCUGUUCAGGUGCAUAAAGGGAUGCAGGUUGUCUCCUGAAUGACAGUUUUUGUUUGUUGUCUCAUGGAGUCUUUAUUACAUUUGUAUCUAUAUUUAUCUUAAUCUCUUUCUUAAUAAACCAAAGCAAAAUGUUUAAUAAGAGUACAAUAAUCUAUGCACAUAUAUGGUACCUUAUAUUUGAAUGCUGUCUAGCAAUCCACCUUUGAAAAUGAGCUCUUAAACCUGAUCAGAGAAAUGUUUUCUAAGUAAUCUGCACUUGGUUUCUGUGGUUUUGCUAAGUAGAAGUGAGUUUUGUCUGCUGAAAAUGCAAAAUAAAAUGAUGAAGGUACUUACAGCAGAGAGAGAGAGAGAGAGAGAGAGAUGUUGGGAACACGCGCUGAUUUUACAGCACAUGACAGACCACCCAAGGCAUAGGGACCCAAGCACCACUUAGAGCAGGUGAUUAUUAUAGUCGAUAGUGCCCCCAGUUCGGGUGCCACCCAGUGUAAUCAAUUAAAUGGUACAUCUUUUAGUUUUCUAUAAAAUUAUCAAUGUAGACAAUGAAAUCUGAACAUUCCUAUUGUGUGCCAGACUGGACAAUGGAAGCUUAAUCUCUGCUUGCCAAUAUAAGUUGUUUGUGAUGCUUAAUGUUAAAAUCCGUCAGUGCCAUGACUGAGCUCAAAAACCUCUUAAUUCUGUCCUGAUACAGAAGUUGCCUUAAAUAAACUCAAGGCCAUCAAGGCCCCUCUCUCUUAAAAGUGCCAUAGAGCCCAACUCCGAUCCUGGAGGGCCACAGUGGCUAUAGGUUUUCAUUAAUAGCCAUUUUCUUAAUUAAUGAUCAGUUUGUGCUGCUAAUUAACUUCAUUUAAUUCAUUUGCUAUUCAACACUCAGAUUUUUAAAAUCAGAGGUGAGCCACGCCGGUUCUGGCUACAGGGUUUUGUUCCAAAUCAGUUGCUUCAUGAGAAGUCAAUUAUUAAUGUCAAUAAGUGACAUUUUUCUGCUUCACUUUAGUUGUCUUGCAUGUUAAGAUUGUGAAUCCUUAAUCGCUUAUUUUAGUCUUAAUUAAACUGCCACAUUCCCUGUUUUAUUUCUUCUUCUUUCGGCUGCUCCCAUUAGGGGUUGCCACAGUGGACCAUAUCUUUCUGUCCUCUGCUCUGUUACAGCCAUCACUUACACGUCCUCUCUCACCCCAUCCAUAAACCUUUUCUUAGUCCUUCUUCUUCUCCUCUUACCUGGCAGCUCUAUCCUUAAUGCCUUCUCCCAAU